AUGUCCGAUUCGGACCCCCGAGAACAGCAGCCUGACGAGCAAGGAAGCAGCGCUGUCCACACGGCCGACGAAAUUGCGCCUGCUACCUCUGUCGAACCUGAAGGACGAGCAGCCCCACCAAGUCUUGUGGGCAGGAUACCAUUUGGGAGGACAAAUACACACGCCGCAGACAGCUCACUCCUGACGCGAGCUAGCAUCAGUGAUCGCCUGAGUCCUACGGCGAACGACCGUGUCUUCCCAAUACGAUCAGUCAUCUCGGUCGACCCUGUGCCUACACCUUCCGUUCGCCAUGAACGCGCAGAGAGUUUCUUCCAAAACAUCGGUGCUCGACGAAAAUCUCUAAGCCACAAUGUCGAUACUUCUCAUCCGCCCACACCCGCUCGCCCACGACAAACAAGCUCGGAAGUGCCGAGCUCUCCCGGAGUGGGAGACGAGGAGACCAAGACGCGGCACAUGUCCAAUUCACUUGCCUCCGAACCACCCUUCAAUUUCCGGCCGCAUCAAGCGCCCCGACAAUACUUGAACGACAUCAUUACCAGUGACGGAGAUAGUGUUGGCAGUGGCAAGAGCGCGUUGACUAAUCUCUCCAAUGACAGAGCUGGGUCGAACCGCAUCGGCUCGGUCAAAAGCAGCAAGAGCAUUACAGAUGACAUAGGGCCAUUAGUGACUGCACGCUUUUCUCACGUCGUUUCCGAGGGCGGACACGCCAUCAUCACUGGCAGAGACGGAGACACUUUACAGAGAUGCGAGGACGAGCCUAUUCAUAUCCCUGGAGCCGUUCAAGGUUUCGGGGUUCUUGUGGCGCUGGAGGAGCAAUCGGAGGGCAAGCUUCUGGUGCGUGUGGUCAGCGAGAAUUGCAAGGCGUUUUUUGGCUACAGUCCUCGACAACUAUUCGAAUUGGAAAGCUUUACCGACAUACUCACUGAGGAUCAAGCGGACAAUCUGCUCGAUCACGUCGAUUUCAUCCGCGACGAGGACGCUGAUGUCGUUACAAACGGCCCUGAAGUGUUCACGAUUUCUGUGCGUACUUUAUCGAAAAAGACCCAGAAACUAUGGUGUGCAAUGCACAUGAACGAGCGCAACCCAAAUUUGAUCAUCUGUGAAUUUGAGCUGGAGGACGAUCCCGUCAAUCCAUUGGUUCCACCCGGCGAUCACACGCCAGAGCCACCUGAAGACACUCUAGACAGUCGACCGACAGAGGAGGAGUAUACGGAGAGUACUCACAACCACAGCAAACCUCUACGCGUUCUUCGAAGUGCCAGGAAGCGGAGAGGCGAAGCCGCGGCCAUGGAAGUCUUCAACAUCAUGUCUCAAGUACAGGAACAACUAGCAGCGGCUCCCAAUCUCGACAGUUUCCUCAAGAUUCUAGUUGGCGUGGUCAAAGAAUUGACCGGGUUUCAUCGUGUCAUGGUCUAUCAAUUCGAUCAGCAAUGGAACGGCCGGGUGGUGACCGAAUUGGUCGAUCCACGAGCGACGAAAGAUUUGUACAAAGGCUUGAAUUUUCCCGCUUCUGACAUUCCUAAACAGGCCCGAGAUUUGUAUAAGAUUAACAAAGUCCGUAUGCUCUAUGACCGUGAUCAGGAGACGGCGCGUCUAGUCUGCAGAACCAUGGAAGAUCUGGAAACGCCCAUUGAUCUGACAUAUUCUUAUCUUCGUGCGAUGUCACCAAUUCAUAUCAAAUACCUUGCCAACAUGGCCGUUCGCUCCUCCAUGUCGAUCUCCAUCAACGCCUUCGACGAGUUGUGGGGUCUGAUUGCUUGCCAUACCUACGGCUCGAGAGGAAUGCGUGUUUCCUUUCCGAUCAGGAAGAUGUGCCGGCUUGUAGGCGACUCGGCCUCCAGGAACAUCGAGCGACUCUCCUAUGCAUCAAGAUUGCAGGCCAGAAAGUUGAUCAACACUGUCCCCACACAAGCGAACCCUUCAGGGUACAUCAUUGCUUCAUCUGAAGAUCUCCUAAAGUUGUUCGAUGCUGAUUUUGGCUUGCUUUCCAUUCGAGAUGAGACCAAAAUCCUCGGACAGCUGGAAAAUACCCAAGAGGUACUUGUCAUGCUGGAAUAUCUCCGCGUUCGGUGUAUCACCAGUGUCAUGACCUCUUCCGACAUCAAACAGGACUUCCCAGAUCUUCGCUAUCCUCCUGGGUUUACAGAAAUCGCGGGAUUGCUUCUGGUGCCUUUGACGACGACUGGUCAAGAUUUCAUCGUCUUUUUCAGGCACGGUCAGUUGAAGGAAGUCAAGUGGGCCGGUAAUCCUUACGAGAAAUUCGUGAAGGAAGGCACAGAAGGCUAUCUCGAGCCCCGAAAGAGUUUCAAAACCUGGAGUGAAACAGUGGUAGGCAAGUGCCGCGAAUGGACGGAGGAAGAAAUUGAGACCGCAGCAGUAUUGUGCCUGGUCUAUGGUAAAUUCAUCGAAGUCUGGAGACAGAAAGAAGCCGCGCUGCAGAACAGCCAAUUGACGAAGCUAUUAUUAGCAAACUCUGCUCACGAAGUUCGCACGCCCCUGAACGCAAUUAUCAAUUACCUUGAAAUUGCGCUCGAGGGCACAUUGGACCAUGAGACUCGGGAAAAUUUAGCGAAAUCGCAUUCGGCAUCAAAGUCACUCAUUUAUGUGAUCAACGAUCUGCUCGAUUUGACCAAGACCGAAGAGGGUGGCGAUUUGGUCAAGGAUGAGGUUUUUGGUCUCGGUGCCACACUCUAUGAAGCUACCGAUCCAUUCAGGGGCGAUGCCAAACGGAAGAACAUCACAUACGAAGUCAUUGAUCACCCUGGGCUUCCGGCACAGGUCAUCGGUGAUCAGCGAAAGAUUAGACAGGCCAUCAGCAACGUCACUGCCAAUGCAAUUCAGAACACGACUAGAGGUGGCGUCACGGUCGAUAUGUACGUCGUCUCGCGUCAGGCAACGCGCGUGGAUGUUGAAAUCAGCGUCGCUGAUACUGGGUCUGGCAUGAGCACCAAGAGACUCGACGCUUUGUUCCGAGAACUGGAGCAGGUCGAGACGGAAUCGGAGGAAGCUCUGACACCUCCUACAGCCACAACGGUGGUCUCACCUAGUAGGGAAGAAGGAAAAGCGCUAGGUCUUGGCUUGGCGGUCGUGGCCAGAAUCGUUCGAAAUAUGAAUGGACAGCUCCGGCUCAAGUCAGAAGAGGGCAAAGGCACACGAUUCAUUAUACAAUUCCCGUUCGAGAUACCUGAGACAGAUGUGCCAGAGAAUAACGACAGCCUUGCAGGGACUGAAACUCCGCACGUGGAGAACACAACGGCGCCUGUGACGCCUCCUAACGACGGAAUGGUCACUCUCAUUGAGCGCGGCAGUGGUCAGAGGCGAAACUCCAGCGAUACGAAUAACAAGAACGAGCUUAAAUUGACCAAGAAUAAGAGCGUUGAUAGCUUCGGUAGCAAGCAUAGCUUCAGUGGUAACAGCUGGUCUUCCAAGGCUAGCGGACGAAGUGAAGCUGAUCGAUUGAUCGAAGCGAUUCAAGAGCCUCAUCGCGUGGAGGGGUGGCACGAAAACAAUGCUCAGCGUUCUAGCAGCCGAAGUAGUACAUCGACUGGCGCUUCUCGGCCGAGGAUGGUCAAACGCCACACUUCGAGCGGUGCCGCUGUCCCCCAGAACAACCUAGACACCGCGAUAGCGACAUCGGGUAGUCAUUUCGAGCCGAGGAUCAUAAAACCUGGCGAGGCUGGCGUACGAGACCAGGGCGUGCCCAUCAGAUCGAUCCGAGUACCCGAAGAGCAUUUCCCGGUAUCCCCGGGUGAGCGGCCGUCUUCGAUGCCGGCGACUCUUUCGCGUUUUGGGGAACAGCCAUCGCCAAUAGUGCCGACGGAUGGCUCGACCGUCAGUGAUACAACCACCAGUGCUGAAAGGCUGCGUGUCCUUGUUGCCGAGGACGAUCCUGUCAACAGUCGAAUCAUUCAGAAGCGUCUGGAGAAGCUGAACCAUACAGUGAAGUUGACGGUGAACGGUGAGGAAUGCUCAAGCACAUACUGCGACAACACCUGCGAUUUCGAUCUCGUUCUCAUGGACAUGCAAAUGCCUAUUGUGGAUGGCCUCACCUCAACCAAAAUGAUCCGAUCACAUGAGAAAGCCCACCCGUCUCAAAGUUUGUCGAUCAGAGCGUCUCUCAAUGGACGUGUUCCCAUUAUCGCUGUUUCGGCCUCUCUGAAGGAGAAGGAUCGACAAGUUUACAUGGAUGCUGGAUUUGAUGGUUGGAUUCCAAAGCCCAUCUCGUUUGUCCGUCUCACCGAGAUCAUGGAAGGCCUUGUCGAUCAACCGAUUCGAAGGAAAAACCUCUACAAGCCAGGUUCUUGGGAGCGCGGCGGAUGGUUCCUUGAGGCCCAAGAUGACAUCUUCGCGGCUCAGACGAAGCCUAGCGCGGAUGUACCUUUGGCGGCGCCUGUUUCCGCACCCUCGGAGGGCCUACAGGCUGCUGCUUCGUCAGAUGACCCUGCCGUGAAAGAGGAGGUGGACAGUGAACAGUCUCAGGAGCAGAAUCGCUUGUUGGCUGAACAAGAGGCAGCUCACGACAAAGCGCCGGCAACAACCGCUCCGGCUACACUAGAGUCCGGCGACGAACCUGCUCCGUCGGUGAUCUCAGAGGAUGGCGCAAAAGCUUCAUAG